AUGAUCGUCAACACCAACAACAAAAAGGCAAUGUUCAUUGUGACGCUCUCCAUUGUUGUUUUGCUGAUUCUGAUUGAACAUGUCAACAGCAAAGAAAUGAGCAUCAACGUCGACCUAAAGGAUGAAGUUAGCAAGGAUAAAACGCCGCAGAAGGAGGAGGAAAAGUUGGAGAACAAAGCCCCUGCCCCAGUGGAUCAUAACUAUCAAGCUGAGCCUGUUAAGCCGGAUGAUAAGGGAUCCAACGCCUUACUAGCAGUGGCUGUCGGCGAUCUUAUCAUUUCUCUGCUUUGUUCGUGCUGCUGUUGUGUUUUGUUGGCGGUUCUGCUCUAUUUCCUUCUCUUCAAGCGCAAGCAACCACCACCACCACCAUAUAGGGAAUGA